GUGGGGGGGGGGCUUAUUAAAAUGAAAAUGAGAGCACACUAUUGUAACUAAUUGGUGUACAUUUUUUAUUGGAGGGUGGCUAACGUAAUUUGUGUUUCUGUUUCAAGCAAUUACCGAUAGUCUGUCUCACCAAGCAGUCCCAUAAUCACAGGUAGUAUGGAGGGGUAUUUACAAAAGAUUGCGCAAUUUGUACUUUUCAGCUGUGCACAGUGCAAAGUCAAACAGGACCCCAAAAGUUUCACUGUGUCGGAGUGUCACCAAAUGUUUCUCGAAAGUCUUGGAAAUAGUGAGACCAACUAUUACAAACGACUGAAAAUUCUGUAUAUAAAAAAAUAUAUCAAUGAAUGGUGGACAAAGGUUAUUACCGUAAAAUGUAUUUCACGUUUCACAUUCGAAAACUUGUUAAUUUUGAGUAAAUGUUGUUCUGACUGACCACUAAUGUUGUAUCGGGAAACUAAACAUCGCAUCGCAGCUCAGGCACGUCGUAGCAUGUCCCGCUUAUACAGUGUUUCUAGGAGUCGGAGUGAUUUUGGAUAAAAGGCCCCUCCUUUCCUAACCAAACGAAAGUGUGAAUGCCAUUGUGUGGAAAGCAGGAAGACACGCGCCCUUCCACGAUGCGAGACUCCCGACCCGUCCCGUACGGAAGACGGGGCAACGGCGAGGGGGCGUUUCCAUAGCCGCGCGCUGCUCGCCAUUGGCCGGCGGCUCUCCUGGUAACCGGCGUAACCCGUGUCAACAUACCGAAGGCGCACGAGUCUCAAUGUUUUUAUUAUCUAGCCAUUUGGGGUCGUUUUCAACGAGAUGACAUGGACCGGGUAUCCGAAAGAAACGGCACCAGACCCAAGGCAAAAGAGAUGCCGUAGUUGACUGUGAGAGACUGUAAGAGUGCUCCUGACUUCCUCUUCUUUCUGCAUGGGAAGUCACGGGAGCCCGGGCGGAAGGUUCGCAGCAACAAAUAUUGAAGAGAAGCUCGAUGAAUAUUUAACCGUCCUUCAAAAGAAAAACAGAAUCUUGCAGAUCCUGAGGACCAAAGAUCCAAAGCAAAUUGAGCUUGAGCGUCUGGAGCAGGGCUUCUCCAUAUAUGUGAACGGCGCAAACUCUCAGGGCAGCAGCAGGCAGCCCAGGAGGGGCAGCCAGAAGCCUGAGUCGCAGCCCCCCGCAACGAGGGCCACCACCGCGGCCGAUGUUUCCAGAAGGAUUGUGGGUCUAGCAGAAGAUCUACAAGAUAUUGAGAGGGUUCGAAAAGGGAGGAGUCAAACCGCUCCCGAAAGGGUACAGCGAAAAGAAUGGAUUCAGACUUCGGUUCAUCUUAAGGCAGAGGAGGGACCGUCUCUACGCAUUCGCCCUGAGUGCCACUACUCCGAGAACUUCGAGCCCUACGAGAGCAUCGUGAUGGAGCACUCAGGAGCUCAGUCACCACACAGAGACCCUCGGGCGGCCCCCAGGCCUUUCAGUGCCAGGAUGGAGAGGCGAGGGAGUCAGGGUGACCAGGAACGUGGGGAAAGGGUCCUCCUCAACAUGGAUGAAGUCAAGAUGUUGCGGCGGAGCUUGGAGGCCAGUGUGAGCGUGAGGCAUGGCAGCCGCGAUUCAGCGGGGGAGGAGUCUGAGGAGGAGUGGGUAGAGGAGCAGAUCGAGAGGGAGGAGAGUGCAGAGAGCCUGGAGGAGCUCAGCCUUCCCUCUAAAAUGCCUGCCUCCAGCCUGCAGCCCAGCGAGCCCCCCAGCUGCCAGCUCGACCCCGGAGACCUGAUAGUGCUGGACUUUGGCCCUUCUCCAAACGGUGGAAAGAUUCAGCGUUCGCUCUCGGCCAAAAGGAAAGCCAGCGUGGACGCGUACAUUCCGACAAAGCCGGUCCUGGUGAAGAGCAGACUGCUUGAUAAGGCUCCUUCAACUUCAGGAAGAGAUGCACCAAGACGCCUUGUUUUUUUCUCAGGGCUGUGGAGCCGCGUGGAGCGCCCUCUGUCUGCCGCCCGGAAGAUCGCGCAGGAGGGGCGGGACUCCGAGGAGGCGGCGUGCCGGGUGUUCCAGGCGCUUCAGAAAGAGAACAGCGUGCUGCAGCCGGGACUGCGGGCCCUGGAGCAGAGCCGCCCGAUCAGAAUGUGCCAAAGGAGUGACGUCUCAGAGGCUGAUGGGCAGAACGGGGUCACCAAGGCUAUGCAGAGAAUCUCACUCAUGGAGCCAAGCCAACAGAAGAAACUGCUGAAGGCUUUGGAGAAGAUUGAGGCGAACACUAAUGCUGAAGACCCCCAAACGGCAGAGACCAAGACCAGCAGAGCCAGGCUGCCGAGGUCUCCAGUGCCAGUGGAGGUCACUCCCUCUCUCUACGUAACCAUGGAGAUCCUGUCCAACUGGGGGAACAGCCGGCAGGUGGGGCUCACCGAGAUGCAGUUCUUCUGCCUGAGGAACCGGAAGCUGUUCGUGUCUCUGCACGACCUGGACAUCCGGAACGCCGACAGCCCAGGGAACCUGGGAGCGCUAGUCAAUGGGAAAGCCAAGACCACCAAGGAGCAGAACAUGUGGACCUGUCCUUUCCAUCCUCCGGUCCAGCUUUACUUCAUCAUCCGCAACCCUGAGCGAUCCCCUGACUUUGGCGUCUCCAAGAUUAAGAUCUGGAACUACAACAGGAGCCUGAACGAUCUGGACAUCGGUGCCCGACACGUGAGGCUCUAUUUGAACAGCACACUGGUGUUCGAAGGCGAGCUGGAGAAGGGCUGCGGUAACCAGGUCUUCGACUACAGCACCACAGUGGAGCUGCAGGCCCUCGGCCAGGAGUCCACCUCCCCCAGCUUGCUGUCAUCUGGCCACAGCCUUAUCGGCGAGAGCUCCAGCCCCAGCCAUGACACCCAGCAGGGUGAAGUGACCGAGAGCCAGGGCAACUUGAGCACAGAUCCCACGCUUGCAGCCGGCCUUGUCUCCGUGUCACCCAUGCAGAAGGACUCCCUGGAGCUAUCGGACAGCUCUUCGCUGGACGAGGAGCUGCUGCUGAGGCAAGUGGCGGAACAGCCGGCGGAGCCACCCGCCUCAAAGUGCGUCCCCACUCAGUCCCACCCCGUGACCCCCCCUUGGCUCCAGCCCCUGAGCCGGACAGACCAAGACGUGCCUGAAUAUGGGAAGGAGAGACCUCCGUGGCUGUUCUCGGACUUGGAAGCCAUACCCUCAGCAGUAGGCAAAUUGGAUGGCGACUUGGGUAAAGCCAGCCGGCCACCGGGCCUGGGGAAGGAGCAUUCUCUCAAUGGCAGGGCAAGGCACCCCUCCUCGGAGAUUGACACCGAUUCGCUGGACCUGGGUGGAGGCGACCUGCUGGAGGGUUUCUGUGUGAAGCUGGACCGGCCUGUCAGCGGCAGGAGGAGCUUGGUAAAGAACGCAAAGCAGACAGAACCAAACGACGAGGGGCUGCCAGAUCUGAGCAGAAGAGCGGAGCUGGAGUCAGUUACGGGCACCAGGAGGCUGUGGAGCCCACGGUCCCGGCGCCGCAGCGAGCAGGACAACACGCUGAUGGAGUCCUGGGACUCACUCAUCAAAUUUAAUCAGUGUCAGCGGGGUCGAAUCUCCAACAUGGGCUUCGAGGGCGACAUCUUUGACGAGUUCCUGCAGCGGCAGGGCCGCCCAGACGCGGGGCUCAGUGGCCAGCCCUCCCAGGCCACCCGGCAGGAGAAUGCCGCCGAGGAGCCGGAAGAGGACCCACUGGGUGAGGCCGAGCGCGACGAGGACUUUGAGAUCCCCGUCCUGCCGCGGGGCCAGCAUCUGCUCAUCAACAUCCUGUCAACGUGGGGCGACCGACAUUACGUGGGGCUCAACGGCCUGGAGAUAUUCAGCUCCAGUGGGGAGCCCGUGCUUCCGGCCUCCAUCCGAGCAGAUCCCCCAGACAUCAACAUCCUCCCCGCCUACGGCAAAGACCCACGCGUCGUCGCCAACCUCAUUGACGGCGUCAACCGCACACAGGACGACAUGCACCUGUGGCUGGCGCCGUUCACGCCAGGGAGGCUCCACCUCAUCUACGUCGACUUCCACAGCCCCUGCCAAGUAGCCAUGAUCCGCGUCUGGAACUACAACAAGUCACGCAUUCACUCCUUCCGCGGUGUGAAGGAGGUGGAGAUGCUGCUGGACGGGAAGUGCAUCUUCAGGGGGGAGAUUGCCAAGGCCUCCGGGACCCUGUCUGGAGGGGUGGAGCAGUUCGGCGACACCAUCCUCUUCACGACGGAUGACGACAUCCUGGAGGCGAUGUCCCGCUACGACGAGACGUUUGAGGGUGAGGAGCAGGGCCCCGGCUCGCUGGUGUGUGAGGAAGAGCUGCAGCGGCCACGCACGGCGGACGGCGAGGGUGAGGAGCGGCCCUUCACGCAGGCUGGCUUCAGGAACGACGACGAGCGGCAGGUGCGGUUGCAGCUUUCGGCAGUGUGUAACCUGUCAGAAGGAGCAGCGGAGAACGUUCCCGGGAUGUAUACUGGAAAGUGCCUUAAGAUCAACCUCAGCAUGACGUGGGGUGAUUCUCAUUACCUGGGCAUCACGGGCCUCGAGCUGGUGGGCAGAGACGGGCAGAGCCUGCCCCUGGACCUCAGCAUGAUGAGUGCCUCCCCCCGGGACCUGAACGACCUGCCCGGAUAUGGCAAUGACGCACGUACCUUGGACAAGUUGAUUGACGGACACAACAUAACUAUGGAGGACCAGCACAUGUGGCUGAUCCCCUUUGAGUACGGGACGGAGCACAUUCUCUCCGUGCAUUUUGAGGAACCUCAUACUGUAGCCGGCCUGCGUAUCUGGAACUACAACAAAUCGCCUGAGGACACUUACAGGGGGGUGAAAGUGAUCCACGUGUCCAUGGAUGACACCACUAUCUCUCCACCUGAAGGCUUCUUGAUCCGGAAGGGUCCAGGGAACUACCACUUUGACUUUGCGCAGGAGAUCCUCUUCAUCGAUCACCUGCCGUCCACCAGCAGCAAGGCCUCAGACACUCUGCAGGCCUACAGAGGCAGCUCACAGAAAGAGGAGCAGGCCAGCAUGGACUACGAGGCCCCCCUGAUGCCCUGUGGAUUCAUCUUUCAGCUGCAACUGCUGACAACCUGGGGUGACCCCUACUACAUCGGACUAAAUGGCCUGGAGAUGUACGACCAGAAUGAUGAGCGCAUUCCUCUUACUGACAACAACAUCGCAGCCUUCCCGGACAGCGUGAACGUGCUGGAUAGCGUGAACGGCGAUGUGCGUACUCCCGAGAAGCUGGUGGAUGGCAUCAACAACACGCACGAUGGCCGUCACAUGUGGCUGGCCCCUGUGCUGCCGGGGGUGGUGAACCGUGUUUACGUUAUAUUUGAUCAGCCAGUGACAGUAUCCAUGAUCAAACUGUGGAACUACUCCAAAACCCCACAGAGAGGCGUGAAGGAAUUCGGGCUCCUGGUGGAUGACCUUCUGGUCUAUAACGGUGUCCUGGACUGCAUCAGUCAUGUGACCCGAGGAAUCCUGCCCACCUGCGACCCGGACGUGCCGUACCACACCAUCCUCUUUACCAGCAACGCCACAAUCGCGCAUCGUGAGAGAAACACCGUCAUCAGGUAUGAUGCUGGCACUCAGCCCUUCUCACGUUCCCUUGCCAUGGUCAGAUCUGGCCAACGUCACUCUCGCCACCGUAGCCCUUUGCCCCUUUGCUUAUCCACACUGUGUUCUCUCGCUCUCACUGCUGCGGGCCUGUGCCCCUGUGCUCACCCAACCUGUGUUCACUCUCUCUCUCUCACCGCUGCGGGCCUGUGCCCCUGUGCUCACCCAACCUGUGUUCACUCUCUCUCUCUCACCGCUGCGGGCCUGUGCCCCUGUGCUCACCCAACCUGUGAUCACUCUCUCUCUCUCACCGCUGCGGGCCUGUGCCCCUGUGCUCACCCAACCUGUGUUCACUCUCUCUCUCUCACCGCUGCGGGCCUGUGCCCCUGUGCUCACCCAAGCUGUGUUCACUCUCUCUCUCUCUCUCACCACUGCGGGCCUGUGCCCCUGUGCUCACCCAAGCUGUGUUCUCUCGCUCUCUUCACUGUGGACCUGUGCCCCUGUGCUCACCCAAGCUGUGUUCUCUCUCUCUCUCUCUCACCGUUGCGGGCCUGUGCCCCUGUGCUCACCCACGCUGUGUUCUCUCGCUCUCACUGCUGCGGGCCUGUGCCCCUGUGCUCACCCAAGCUGUGUUCUCUCGCUCUCUUCACUGUGGACCUGUGCCCUUGUGCUCAUCCGUGCUGUGUUCUGUCACUGCGGGCCUGUGCCCCUGUGCUCACCCACGCUGUGUUCUCUCGCUCUCACCACUGCGGGCCUGUGCCCCUGUGCUCACCCACGCUGUGUUCUCUCGCUCUCACCACUGCGGGCCUGUGCCCCUGUGCUCACCCACGCUGUGUUCUCUCGCUCUCACCGCUGCGAGCCUGUUCCCCUGUGCUCACCCAAGCUGUGUUCUUUCUCUCUCUCUCACCACUGCGGGCCUGUGCCCCUGUGCUCACCCAAGCUGUGUUCUCUCGCUCUCUUCACUGUGGACCUGUGCCCUUGUGCUCAUCCAUGCUGUGUUCUCUCGCUCUCACCACUGCGGGCCUGUGCCCCUGUGCUCACCCAAGCUGUGUUCUCUCGCUCUCUCUACUGUGGGCCUGUGCUCACCCACACUGUCAUUUCUCACUCUCACCGCUGUGGGCCUGUGCCCCUGUGCUCACCCAUGCUGUGUUCUCUCCACUCCAGCCCUCAGCACAGCAGGAAUCAGGAACAGUGAGUAGAGAUCCUCCCAGCGCCACCCCCCUUCCCAGGGCCCAUCCUCUGUCCUCCUCCCUUUCCCACAGCCCCUCUCCAUAUUCCUCCAUCAUCCACCCUAGAGACGGUGGCCUGAUUUUGCUCACAGUGUUGUGGUCAUGUGACUGGUCCCUGGUAGGCAGAGGCUUCCUUCCCUCACAGCUGUCUGUGGUGCCCAUAUCCAUCACCGUUACUGGAUCCAUACUGGUGAUCGGCCUAAACUUUUUUUUUUCUCUGUUGCUUUGUAGCAACUAUGUGGAAGACCAGGAUGUGAAAAUGACCAACGAGAACCAGAUAGUUCACCAUCACUCCAGGAAGAAGCCGACAGCAGAUCCUGCCUUGCGUCCAAAAACCUGCAUGACAGACCGAGGACAGAUUGGGAAGAAGCGCUACUGAGAGCCAAAGCGAACCACGUCUGUCACGGAAGAGCCUGGCCGCGGAUUAUCCAGCUCCUUUCCAUGGUGGAACAUUGAAUCCCCCCCCCCAACAUGGAUAUCUCCCUUACCCCCCGCCAUACUCCACAUAUGGCCUGAAGUAUUUCCAGAUGUCUCACAGAAACUGAAAUUCACUUUAGAGACAGUUUGAUCGUGCAUUCCCCCUGUUCCUCUUCAUCGGCAUCACCCUACUGUAUUAAGACGGCUUCUGCUUGUCAAGUUUUUUGUUAUUAAUGUCAUUUCGCAUAAAUCUUUUGACUAGAGCAGAAUUUGCCCACGUGCCCAUUUACAGUUUUGCCGUAUUCGUUGUGGCGCAUUCAGUACAAAAAAAACACAAAGCACCAUGAUGGGAAAUGUACCUACGUCGAAAAAGCAUUUAAGCAGCCUUUGCAAUCGAUGCUGAUGUAAACUGCCUUAAUCUCUAAUAGCAUUACUGCAUCUUUGAAGAUCAAACACAAUAGAUGAUGAGCAGUUAUUUUGUACUGCGGCUGUAAUGAAGCUCCAUGCUUGUUUCUCAUGCUGAAUAUGCCAUAGCCUUUUUAAAGAUAUGUGUGUAUCGUCAUGGUAGCUUCUGAAACUCUGGUGGGUCCUUCGCCUGGAGGGGUUAGGCUUCAGUGUCUGAAGGCUUCACCGACUGCUUUCCAGACGUGUAGCGAGCAGCCAUGUUUAAGUGACCUUAAAGUCCAUAGAUGGCUGCUUUAGGUGUCUGAAUACAUGCUUUUCUGUGUGUGUGUGUGUGUGUGUGUGUGUGUGUGUGUGUGUGUGUGUGUGUGUGUGUGUGUGUGUGUGUGUGUGUGUGUGUGUGUGUGUGUGUGUGUGUGUGUGUGUGUGUGUGUGUGUGUGUGUGUGUGUGUGUGUGUGUGUGUGUGUGUGUAUAGUAUGUUGUGCUCUGAUGACUGAAGAUGGCAAACAACUCCUGGAUGGUUUUAACAUUAAAUGUAGUACACAACAGGAAACAUAUAUAGAAGAGGCAUGUUUAUAUAUGGAGAUGUUGACACUCUUUCUGAAAGUAAUUUAUGGUUGUUAAUUGGGAAAUGACUAGGCUUGAUUGUGCAUUUCUAAAGUGUGAAUGCGUGUGUGUGUAUGGCGUUAACAGAAAUGUUUCAUUAACAAAUUACUAACAUGCAGAAACAGCCCAACUGUUAAUUAUGCAAAGGUCAAAAAUAUACCUCAGUUAUGAACACUAUAGAAGUAACAGUUAUGUGUGUAUCGUUCUUGAGAGACUGAAAUUCUUUUGAUGGUGUGUAAUACUACAGUCAGGAAAUCCUUGUAUAGGAAUAUUUAGGUUGCAUGUACACUACAACAGUUUCAACUCAUAAAUUCAGGGCAGUAUAUGUAGGACUCCUGUGUGUGUUUUUUAAGAUAAUUUUGUGUUGCAAGAGAAGUAUUGCUGCUUUUUGGGCCAAAUCUAUGCUGCAUAUUUUAGAUUUCACACUACAUUUCAGUCAUGCUUCAGGUUGGAGUUCAGUUGCUGAAACUGUAAAUGUAACAUUCCAUGUUGAAAUAUUUUACAAUAUUUUUUAAAUUACUUUAAUAUUAGUGUAUAUUUAUUAUAGGUUUACCUAAAUAAAAAGGUGUUGAGAACAAUACAAA